UAAUAUUUUGUAUAAAGCCAAGUGUCCAUAUUCUCCAUAUAGAAAGAUCCAGAGAGUAAGAGAGAGAGAAAGAGAGGAGCCAUGGCUGGUUUGCAGAGAUCUGUAACGUCGUUUAGGAGGCAAGGCUCGUCAGGUAUGGUAUGGGACGAUAGGUUCUUGGGAGAGCUACAUCAGCUGAGUCAAAAAGAAGAGCAAGAAAGAAAACAAGCCCAAGAAAAAACCCACGGAGAAGGAGAUCAGGAUCAGAAGGCGGACGUUGACCCCGUCAAAUCCCUAAAACCAAUCAACACCGUUGAUAGAAGCCGAUCCAACGGCGGACGUGGCUACCGAACAGGCAAGGUUGCUCCGGCGAUUGAACCGCCUUCGCCGAAGGUAUCAGCAUGUGGGCUAUGCAGCCCCUUUGGCAAAGCCCCUAAGGAUAAGAGUAAUCGGAGAACGAAGACUACUAGCACUACUACAAACGGAAAACGUAGAUCGCGGUAACCGGCGGUGGAGUUUACCGGCGAAGAUUUGGAGUAUAUUGGGGUAUGUUAUGUAUUGGUGAUUAAUUUAAUGAACAGAUUUGAUGAUGUGGGUCUUCGUCGUCACAGGAUGGUAGAGGGAUUAGGUUCAUGAAUUUCAUAGAAAUUAGAAAAACUAUUAGAUUUUUUUUUUUGGUUAUUGAGUUUUGAAUUUUUUAUGGUGCUUGAAUAGUGUUUCAAUGUUCAUCAUGUUUUUGUUUCAAUUAGAUCUAAUAGAGAUGGUUUGGGCUGGGGGUUUCAUGUAAGUACAUGUGUAAAUUUGUUACUCUUCUGGUUUAAAAAAAUCCCUUUAGUA